CUAAACCCACAACAGUAAAAUCAGUCUGUAUUUGCAGUAAAGCAUUCUUGUUAUAUUCACUGUGGAACCUAAGGGGUUAUUCCUUUGCAUUGUGUAAAAAGGAUGUUUGAUCCUGUCUUCUUUGAUCCUCCCUUUCUUUCAGUGUCUUCCUCUUAUCUUUUGAUAAGACAUAUUGUGUGGAGACACUGCACAUGCUCAAUUUGGUGUGUAUUUCUAGAGGUUUUUUGUUUUGUUUUUUUUUCUUGGGAGAGUGCAUGUGAUCAGCAUUGCCCAGACAGAGGUCAGGGGUUCUACAUCCUCCUAGAAAAAAAAAACUCCUCCUACAAGCUUUAACAUGUGCUCUGAUGAACACUGAUAGAAAUGAGAAAAGCUAUUUAGCAGUUUAUAUUUACUAAAAUAAUUGCAUUUCCAUGUUCUGUGUACUGUGGGAGACCAGAUAUAGUGAAU